AUGGCAAACCGAGGAUACGACGUCGUAGUUGAUGUAGAUGCAGAGGGAGAUCUAGGUCAUACCGACCUUCAGGAGGACCUCGAGUUUCACUCAUCCAACUUCGACACACAAACAUCGACGCGCGGCAAGCUCCCAGCAGGCAACAACUCGUUCCUCCCGACCAACAACGGCAACCCCUCGGUCACCAACAGCAAACACUACCUCUGGAGCAUCUCAUUCUACGCUCAAUUCUUCGAUGUCGACACUUCCGAAGUCGCUCGCCGCUGCCGUGCUGCCAUCUUUCCUCUUUCGAACUUCCUCGACGUCCUAGAUGGAAACCCUGAUCUCUACGGCCCCUUUUGGAUCGCUACCACCGUCGUCGUCAUCCUCUUCCUUACAGGCACAAUCUCGCAAUAUUUGGCAAAGGAGGGAAAGAAACACUUCAUCUACGAUUUCUCCCUUCUCUCAGGAGCUGCCGGUCUGAUCUACGGAUACACCUUCCUCAUUCCCGUUGCACUCUGGGGUGCUCUCAAGUGGUUCAGAGCAGAGUCUGCCAACUUGCUGGAGUGUGUGUGUCUAUACGGCUAUGCGAACUUGAUCUGGAUUCCUGUCGCUCUGAUCUCUUGGUCACCCGUCUCGAUUCUGAAUUGGGUCUUUGUCGCCGUCGGACUUGCUGCCUCGGGCGUCUUUUUGGUCAGAAACCUGUAUCCUGUGCUCAGUGCUACCGAUGUCAAGACGAGCAAGGUCCUUUUGGUCGUCGUCGUGGCUUUGCACUUUGGCCUCGCUUUGGCCAUUAAGAUUCUAUUCUUUGCGUAAGUUAUCACACGUCUUUGCUUUCCAAGUACACCUUACUGAUUCGUGUUGCAGACAUGGUAGUCCCGCCAAGAAGGACAAAGAUCACAAGGAUGAUGAUGAUAAGAUGAUGCGUAUGCUCUUUGGCAUGUAAAGUAUUCUCUGCGUCCUUGAAUUCUCGAGCUGUAUGUUAUAGCCGAGCUUCCGUUGCAUCUCCUUACCAAGCCGGCCAUUUCAAGCCUUUUCUUCCUCGCGUUGCAAAAUACCAACUUUCCAAAACUUAUGUUCUUCUCUGUCAUGGUCCCUUUUGUUCCCAGAUCUUUCUUGCGCACUCUCGAUCCAUGGUAGAAUGCCGUUCUGUGUACAAGCACCACCAUAAUUUACGGCCGAAUCACGAAGCAGAUAUAUAAGUGGGUCGUUCGAUGUCAGGCAGCACAUGAAAAGGCAUGAUGUCAAUUAUCAAUCUUUCACCCAAGCACAGCCCCGGAUAUCGUGCCGACUCCGCCG